GUUUGUGGAUCACAUAUUGUGUGUUAGUUGAAACUUUGAUGGAGGAAAAUGUAGAACUUACUACGAUAUCCAAUAAUCACUCUGUACAAGAACAAACUGAGGAAAAAGCCUCCAGUUUUGAAGGCUUACAGUUCUUGACAGAACAAUCAGAAGAUUGGGAGCUUGGUGAAUCGUUUCCUAAGCGAAGUGUUGGAGUAUGGCAACUAUCCAGUCUAAUUUAUUUAUUAACUGCUGGAGGUGGUUAUGGAUUGGAGCCAUUGGUUGGUGCAGCAGGUCCGCUACCUGCAAUAGUGGGUAUCUUGAUUGUUCCUUGGCUAUGGUCUGUUCCUCAAGCCUUGAUGACAGCAGAACUGUCCACCAUGUUUCCUAAAGAUGGUGGAUUUGUUUUAUGGGUUUAUGAAGCUUUUGGAAGUUUUUUUUCUUUUCAAGUUGGUUGGUGGACGUUUGUGGACUCUUUGGUGGAUAAUGCGUUAUUACCCCGACUCUUUAGCGAUUAUUUAUCAGUAUUGAUAGGAACUAGUAGCAUAUCUCGUUGGUGGACAACUUUGGGAGGAAUACUUAUAUUGUCUUUUUGUACUGUACUGAAUGUGAUUGGACUGCAUAUGGUGGGAUGGGCUUCUAUUCUGUUUACUAUUUUUGUAUGUUUUCCCUUUUUGUUGUUGGCUUUGAUGGGUCUUCCAAGAGCUUCUCCUCAAGUUUGGUUAAGUUUUCGAGGUUGGAAACUAUCUCAUUGGCGUUUAUAUUUUGCAUCUUUAUUAUGGAAUCUAUGUGGCUAUGAUAGUGCAGGCACUUGUGCAGGAGAAGUUCGAAAUGCUUCUCAAACUUAUCCAAAAGCUAUUUUAUUGUCAUGUGCAAUGGGAAUCAUAUCUUUUCUCCUUCCAAUAUUAUCCACAGUAACAUAUAAUCAGAAUUGGGAGUUGUGGACGGAUGCAUUUUGGCCUCGUGCUUGUAACCAAGUAGUUAGUGGACGUUGGUUAGGCUAUUGGAUUGCGUUAGGAGGAAUGGUUAGUGCUGUUGGUAUGCUCAAUUCUUUAUUAGCUACAUCAUCACGUGCUUUAUAUGGAAUGAUUAUAUGUGGUUUGUUACCCAAACGACUUGGUUAUUUACAUUCCAUAUAUGCAACUCCGAUAUUUUGUAUUCUUUUGGUUUCAUUGGGUACCGCAUUUUGUAGUAUUUUCAGUUUUGAAAGCCUUUUGCAAGUUGAUUCGGUUUUGUAUAGUCUCAAGUUGGCAUUGGAAUUGUGUGCUUUUAUAGGUCUUCGAUAUUCACAAGGACAUCUUUUAAGACCUUUUCGAGUUGCAGGUGGAAAUGGGGUUGUCUGGUUAUUAGUUGCAAGUGGGUUAUUUUGUUGUUGUGGAAUGAUAUUGUUAAGUAAUUGGGCUGCUGCAGUGACCACUUUAGUUAUGAUUGCAUUGGGAAUACUUAUGUAUCUUAUUUUUCAAAAAAUAGGUUGGAUUAGGCUGCAUUCAGUAAUACCCACAAGAACAACGCUAUGAAUAUAUCAUCUCACAAAAGCCAGUCCAACCUCAUAAGAAACAAUACCAAUCAUACCAAUUCUCUCCCUAAUACCGAAAUAAAAGUAUUCAACUUGGCCUUAUCAUCCUUGUAACUAUUAAACUUAUCCA